AUGAUGGGCAUAUUGUACGAGAAAAGGCCGCUGAAGAGGCCGAGACUGGGUCCUCCAGACGUUUAUCCCCAGGAGCCGAAGCAAAAAGAGGAUGAACUUUCGCUUACAAAUGUCAAGCAUGGCUUUACUACUAUACCUCAACUCGCUGAUGAAUUUGGAACAGCCAGAAGUUCCAAUGUCACUGCCGCCAAAGUUGGCGCGUAUUUUAACGCAAUCCUCGCCAAAAAGGAAGAACUCGCGACGAUGCCUGACACUGGUAGGAAGAGACAGCAGAUUAAUCCCAAAGAUAACUUUUGGCCAGUGACAGCUAGAACUAAAAAUGGUAUCGAAGCAUGGUUUAAAGAUCUUUCGGGUAGCAAGCCGUUGGUCGCCCUCGCGAAGAAAGCUCCAAACUUCAAUAAAAAGGAGGAGAUAUUUAUGAUGCUCUGCGAAUACCAAGUGCCAAUGUUGAGAGCAGCUUGGUUUAUCAAGCUUAGUUCAGCUUAUACGGUUGCAGUUUCAGAAGCCAAGAUAAAAAAGCGUCAGCUACCUGAUCCAACUACAGAAUGGACAGGUACCUUGAUCAAAUUUUUAAAAGAUCAAUUAUCUAAACUGCAAGAAUACUAUCAUAUGGGUAAUCAUGUAGCCAAUACCAGCAACAAUAGUAGUACAACAAACAAUUCCUGCAACAGUAAUGGAACUGCUGUAACAAAUAAUAGCAGUACCAACAAUAAUAGUAACAAUAACAAUAUUAAUAAUAAUAAUGCAAGCAAUAAUAACAAUUCUGUUAAUAAUCAACCACCCACACCUACUUCGAGCAGUCAGCCUGUAACAGGCAAUACAAUGAAUGAAGAACAUAAAUUAGCGCUUAAACAAUGGCACUAUUGUGUACAGUUGGCUAAAUACAUGUUUGAGGAAGGUUUGCUGGAUAGACAAGAAUUGUUACAAUGGAUCCUAGAAUUAUUAGAUAAGAUUAGAUCUUCACCUUCGGAAGAUGGUAUAUUGAAGCUUUUAUUACCAUUGGCUCUGCAAUAUUUAGAGGAGUUUAUACAGUCUGAAUUAUUAGCUAGACGAUUGGCAUACUUGUGUUGUCGUAAAUUAGCACAUAUGUGCAAUAAUAUUGAAAGUAACAACAAUCCUCAGAGUCCUUCUAUUAUUAAAAAUGAAGUUAAUAAAGAUGCUAAUGUUGCUGUCCAAGCACCAUUAAAUCCUUUGACAAUUGCUUUUAAUGAUUAUUUGACUUGUGCACAUCACAGAGAUAUAAUUUACAGUUUAUCUACUAUAAUACAGGUCAUAACAUUGGAGUGCUCCACAGCAUUGGUCUGGAAUAGCGUUGGUGAAGGAAAGGCUCCAUCAGUUUUAAAUGGAUCACCUUUAGACUAUUUACCAUGUCCUCCUGCAGCUUUGCCAUGUCCACCAGCGAGUUCCAGUAAUCCUACAAUGAAACAGCUCAGAAUUGCACAGGAAAAUAUAAGAGCACGAUCUCAAGCAGCAGAAGGUAGAUGGUCAUGCGACAAAUGGCAACAGAGUAGUGCUGGAACAACGACUACUAAAGUGUUGGCUGCAUUAGAUGCUCUUGAUCGGCAUAGUUUUGAUAGAAUGGAUGCUUCUAAUUCACUCGAUACGUUGUAUGCAAAAAUCUUUACAUCAUCCCUGAAAGACAGCUGUAACGAACGUGACACAAAAACAGAAUAUAAUCCACAACAAGAUUCAGCAGUGGUUGAAAUUUUAUGCGAAUGGGCUGUAAGCGCUGAACGUUGGGGAGAACACAGAGCAAUGGCGGUCGCUAAGCUUCUAGAAAAAAGACAAAGUGAGGCUACUGGUGAGACUAAUGAUAAUGAUGAUAAAGAUAGUACAUGCAGUAAUGGAAGUCCGCCUGUACUUCCAAUCUUUCAAUCUCUGCUCAUGAAAUUCUUGGAUAUGGACGCUCCCGUAUUGGAUAAUACUUCAUCUCAAUCCAAGACUCAGUUUACAAAUUUAGUUCAUCUGUUCUCAGAAUUAAUAAGGCAUGACGUUUUCUCACAUGAUGCAUACAUGUGCACUCUUAUUUCAAGAGGUGAUCUUAUACAAGGUCCAGUAGCUAGCAAACCUGGAACACCCAGUAACAGGGAACCAAUCGAUGAAGAUAGUCUUUUUCCGGGUAUAGAUUUAAAACCGACUAAAUUGGAAGUGUCAGAUCAUGGACGUACUAUGGACUAUGAUGACAGUAAAAUUGAUGAUGAUUUAGACAAAAUAUUACAACAUAUUAAAGAAGACCAACAAAAUAGCAUGGAUGCACCAGACAGUCCCAAAGAGGAUGCAUUAACUGGACAUGGUGGUCAUGAAAGUCUUGAUUCAAAGAUGCCUUCAAGUCAUAGCAGGCAUUUAUUAUAUACUACUCAUUUCCCUCUGCCACAAGAUGAAACAUGUAGUCAGCAUGAUUGUAAUCAGCGACAUGUAUUACUUUAUGGUGUUGGACGUGUCAGAGACGAGGCCAGACACGUCGUGAAAAAAAUGACGAAAGAAGUAUGUAAAUUAUUUGGCAAAAAAUUUAGUAUUGAUGUCGCAGAAGGUGGUAAAGUAAAAAAACAUUCUCGAAGUGAAUUUAAUUUUGAAGCUGUCACUAUGAAAUUUCAAAAUCUAAGUUACUUUGAUCAACAUGUUGUGACAUGGCAGUGUGCAACACAAGUUAUAGAAAUGCUCAACUUAUUUUCAACUUCUCCAUUCUAUUAUUUGCCAGUUCAUGAGCAUGUAGCUUUUCUUUUUGAUCUAAUGGAGCUGGCAUUGAAUAUAUAUGGCCUAAUUGAUGUAUGUAUACAAAUCCUGAAAGAGCUACCAGAAGUAGAAGUCCAAUUGACAACUAGAAGUAGUCAAUUAGUUCGAAGUUAUACCACAAAUUUGAGUUUGUAUGUGGUUGGUGUAUUAAGAAGAUAUCACUGUUGUUUAUUAUUAUCACCUGAGCAGACGACAGCAGUGUUUGAUUUAUUGUGUAAAGUAGUGAAGCAUGUUUCAAAUCCAAGCGAUUGUAGCUCGGCCGAACGAUGCGUAUUAGCGCAUUUAUAUGAUUUAUAUUCGACAUGUUCUCUUCUGAAAACGAAGUCACACGGAGUGGAAGCAUUUAGUAACGCUUAUCCGAAAAUUCGCGCUGCUCUUUAUAGUACAUUGCAACCAACACCUUCGAGCCAUGUUUAUAAUUCGCAAUUUAUGGUGGAUGUCUUUACUAGUCCACGAAGAGGUGGAAAAAUUGAGGCGCAAUGGGCGAGACAAUUAAAUGAAACGCCAGCGAAUCGUUAUAGUUUCGUUUGUAAUGCGAUUGUUGCGGUCUGUAGCGAAACAGAUAACGAUAAACUCAAUGACAUCGCUAUAACUUGUGCAGAACUAACUGCAUGUUGCAAUGCUCUCAAUGCUGAAUGGUUAGGAGUACUUAUGGCACUUUGUUGUUCCUCCAAUAGUUCUGCUUUUUAUAUCGAUGUGUUAAAUCAAGUUGAUGUGCAAGAUUUGAGUAUACAUAAUUCUCUGGCUAUAUUUACAUCAAUUUUAAUCGCAAGGCACUGUUUCUCUUUGGAAGAUUUUGUUGUGCAUAUAGCAUUACCAUCAUUGGUGAAAACUUGUAAUGAUGGUCGUGGCGACAUCGAUAUUGAAGCAGAAGCAGGUGCACGUUUAACCUGUCAUUUAUUAUUGAGACUCUUUAAAACUGUCGAAUGUCCGCAACCGGCUUUAUACUCAGUUAGCACAAGUCCUCAUCCACUUCCAAGUGGAAAUACAAGAGGUUACAGCAUAAAAUUAAGUUGCGAUAGGCACUUACUAGCAGCUGCACACAAUAAUAUAAGAGUAGGGCCUGUAUUAGCAGUGCUCAAGGCUAUAUUAGUUGUAGGGGAUGCCACAGCUACUAAGCAACCCCCGAAAAAGGUGGAUAUACCCCUAAGCCAUUCCAGUAAAGGAGGUGGUCCAGCAAGCGUCGGAGUUGGAGUCGGUGUAAGCAGUAGUGGACCCAGCGAAUUAUCAAUCAGCCACAUUUUAGGAACUAGUGAUAUCUUAGGCGGUGGUGAUGAUCUCGGUCUCGAUUUAGCUAUGUCUUCGUCCAGCAGUAGCGCCGGUAUGACAACAGAAAACGUUAAGGGAUUUUCUGAUUUUGCUCAUCAUGUUUUACGUCAGAUCUGCAGUCAGGAAUGGGUGUUAGAGAGAUGUUUACAAAAUCCGGAAGAACUUUGUCAUCAAGAUAUGUUGCUAGACAAUAUGUUGAUACCACGGCAAGCGCAAAAAUUAUUACAUAUGAUUUGUUAUCCUGAAACUCCUAUCGAAGCUUUUAUCGAUCAGAAAACUCAUAUUACGAAUAUUUUGGAGAAUUUGGAACAGUGGAGUCUGAGAAUGUCGUGGCUGGAUUUACAACUUAUGUAUAAACAAUUCGCGCCAGGCUGUAACGAUCUUUCGCAAUGGUUGGAUACAGUUGCAAAAGCUGCAAUUGAUGUUUUUCAAUUAAAUAAUACUUUGAGUAGCAAACCUGAUAAAAGAUCCGGUUCUAUAUGGCUAGUUGCUCCGCUAGUUUCAAAGUUGCCGAGUGCGGUACAAGGCAGAGUUCUCAAAGUAGCAGGACAAGUAUUAGAAUCUGGUAAUUGGUCGAAAACAGCUGGUCGCGAGAGAGGUAGAUCCAAAUCGCCUUCCUUAUUUAAUCAUCAGCCAUUUUUAUCAUUGGUAUUAACAUGUCUGAAAGGUCAAGAUGAUCAGAGAGAAGGCUUAUUGACAUCACUACAUUCACAGCUUUCACAGUUUCUGAAUACCAGUAAAGAGGAAAAACAUAUUGGCUCUGAAGAUCCUAAGACCAGAGAAGUAUUGCAAGAUGCACUGCAAUUAAGAUUCAGUCUCGUUGGAGGUGUAUUUGACACAAUACAGAGAAAUACGACUGCUACAACGGACUGGGCAAUUUUAUUAGUUCAAUUGGUCAGCUAUGGUGUUAUAGAUUUAAAUAAUAAUGCGGAACUUUUCACAACCGUUAUAGAUAUGCUAGCAACGUUAAUCCACUCUACUCUAGUGUCAGAUUCGCAGUCUGAAAAAGAUGAAAAUAAAAAGCAUUAUCAAAAUUUAAUGAAAAAAUUGAAGAAAGAAUUGGGUGAUAGAAAUUCUCCGAGCAUUCGUUUUGUUAGACAACUUCUACCAUUACCUAAGUUGGCUAUGGAAGUCAUCACGUGCGAACCGGUUGGUUGUUUGACUGAUACUAAAGGCAAUAAAAUUGCUGGUUUUGAUAGCAUCGAUAAAAAGCAGGGAUUGCAAGUAUGCGAUUCUCAAAGAGUAUCAGCGUGGGAGCUCUUAGAAGGUCAUAAAAAUCCUGCACCGCUUUCUUGGGCUUGGUUCAGAGCUGUUCGGUUGGAACGUAAACCUCUUACAUAUCAAAACGCGCACAAAUUAUUGCGAUAUCAUACACACAGUCAAAUUCGUCAGGCUAGUCAUUAUCUGGAUCCGCCACCAUUACCACCGGAAGAUCUAGAACCUGAUAAGAAAGAAUCGGAACCUGGUAAAGCUGAUACUCCAAUGAGUAUUGAUUCACCAGGACGAGUUGGUGGUAGCGUGGGUAACGUCGGAGUGGGCAAUGCUAGCACUAAUGGUAAAGGGAAAGCUAUGAAAACUAAACGUAAUAGUAGACGUGUGAAAGGUGCUGCUACACCCACAACACCCAUAUCACAGCAGAUGCAGCAACCACCAUCUCAAUUGCAACAAAUGGCAUUCGCCAAUCAACAAGCCCCUGUUACACAACAACCCGGAAUGUUUACUGGACAACCACCGCAACCUCAACAGCAAUGGUAUGGCAAUCAACAGACUCAUACACCUGCGCAACAGUAUGGCUAUGGACAACAGUUGCCGCCUGCGCCGGUCGGUGGCCCGCGUUAUGAGAGACCGGGGAUGAAUAAUCAAUCCAAGCAAGCUCUAUCCAAUAUGCUGCGCUUGCGAUUACCGUCCACUCAAUUCAUGGGCUCGCAGCAGCAGCCACCGAAUGCUACGCCAGUUGCCGGACCGGGCGCAUUCCAAGGAAUGCAGAGGCAACAGUUUAUCAGACAACAAUUGAGAGCGCAGCAUGGAGCACCUGGCAUAAAUCCGCAACAGGGCAUGUUUGCGGCACAGCAGCAACAACAGCAACAACAACAACAACAAGGAAUAUAUGCUGGAAUUCAACAAGGUAUGAAUCAGAAUUAUGCAGGAUAUGGUGGACAGCAAAUGAUACAGCAACAGCAGCAGCAACAACAGCAGCAAACGCCACAGCAAACACAGCAGCAGCAGCAGCAACAGUUGCUCCAACAGCAGCAGCAACAACAGCAACAAGGCAUUUUGAAUCAACAACAAAAUAUGAUGUUUAAUCAACAACAACAAAUGAUGGCUCCACAGAGAGGACAAGAAUAUAUGCCACAACAGAGAAUGCAACCUGGUACUGCAAGACCGCCCUAUUUACAGGCGCCAAACGUAACAAUGAAUACAAUGGGACCAAUGGGUGGAGGUGUUCAGAAUCAACCUGCUCCUCCUUACCGACAAUCUGCUGGGAAACCAGGUGCAGUUGGGGUGACGGGGGUAGGAACGACAAAUGUUAGCUUACAGCAAAAUCAACAAUUUCAGCAGCAACAAGCGAUUAAUCAACAACGCAUAAGGCAACAGAUGUUGGCCAUGCAGCAACAGCAAGCACAGCAGCAACAGCAGCAGGCCGCUCAACAGCAGCAGCAACAACAAGGUGGUGCUGGUGGCCAACAACCAACUCCUCAACUUGUAACGCAUUUGCAAAGGCACUUGAGUCAACCACCACAACAUUCCUAUCAGCAUCAACCGCCACCUUAUUGAAAAUAUAAAAGAAAAAUUCUACUGAUUGAAAAUGUGCUAAUAAGAUAUCAAUGGAACUUAUAAAUAAUUGAAAUAGAUUAUUUUAUUCCGGAUUUCACGUUGCAAACUAAAUGAAUAAGCGAUGCCUAUAACAAAAGGUAAGGUCUAAAGAAAUUCUUAUCAGAUUGGCUGCAGUCUUUUUUACUGGUCAAUAUUUUUUACAUAUUUGGUGUUGAGAUGCUAUUAUGUUUCUUGAUAUAAAGAAAUCAUUAAAUUACAAAAUUUGUAUCAAGGUAAAUGUCACAAUUAUUUUUAUUAUUGGAUAUUUGACAAUUAUUGUGGUAGGUUUUAUCACAUAAAAUAA